UCCCUCUACCACCACUAAAGACAAAACAUUCACCUCAUCGCGCCAAACAGGACAAAACGCGCCAAGACUGGCGGGGAGUCGAAUGCGUUGGGUGCUGUCGCGUCUGCCAUUGGGUGCUGUGAGGGAUCAUUGCGGGAAAUUGCUGAAACCUCUAGAAGUCAUGUCUUCAAGCAGCAAACGGAAGGCAAAGGAUAAGAGUUCUGGAGACAGCAAAGCCAAAGUGGCUAAAAUCGCCUCCUCUGGAGAGCAGGAUGCGAGCGAUGCCAAAGGCUCAACCGGAGUCAAGUGGAACACGAAAAUUGUUUCCUGGAAUGUGGCCGGCCUGCGAGCGUGCGCUAAGAAAGGCUUGUUCAAGUACAUAUCCACCGAAGACCCAGAUAUAAUAUGCCUUCAGGAAACCAAGUGCUCGAAAGCCAAACUACCUGCCGAGGCGCACGUGAAGGGGUACCAUUCAUACUGGCUAUCAGGCAAGCAGGAAGGGUACUGUGGGGUUGGACUUUACAGCAAGCAAAAACCCCUGGAUGUGACGUAUGGAAUCGGAGAUAAAAGUCAAGACGAAGAAGCCAGGCUGAUAACGGCGGAAUAUGACAAGUUCUACCUGAUAACAGCCUAUGUCCCGAACGCAGGAAGAAAGCUGGUGACCCUUCCGAAGAGGAUGAAAUGGGAUGCCCUGCUUAAAGAGCAUCUUCGCAAGCUGGACGAAAAGAAACCUGUCGUGUAUUGCGGAGACUUCAAUGUAGCUCAUCAAGAAAUCGACCUUUCGAACCCGAAGACGAAUACAAAGAAUGCUGGCUUCACAAAGGAGGAGCGUGAUGGGUUCACGGACCUGUUAACCGUUGGCAAGGACGGUCUUGUUGAUUCAUUCCGGCACUACUAUCCGGACAAAAAGGACGUGUAUACGUUUUGGACAUAUAUGGGAAACGCUCGUGCGAAGAAUGUUGGAUGGCGACUGGACUACUUCGUCGUCUCCAAGCGUAUGCUGCCCCAGAUCUGCGACUCCCUCAUCCGCUCAGACGUGCUGGGCAGCGACCACUGCCCGGUGGCGCUCCUCCUCGACGCGGACGGCAUCUGAACGGCUUGGGGCGGGUCAGCAGGCGUGUGACCCUGCCCGUUCGCGAUGCUGGGGCCCCGGAUGAAGCCCCGGGGCAGGUCAGCGAAGUGGUGGCGAUGUUCAGGGUGGACGUUCUGCUCUUGCCGUCAUUAGAGCCAAGACCCUGGAUUUUUGUCUCAUGCCAGGUGUACCUGUGCGGCUUUUAGAUGUGCGGCCUUUUAGUCAUUAGCGCAUCUUGAAAUGCAUGAGCUUCAAACGUGGUAUACACGUAAGGCACCAGUUGAUGGUGAUCGUGUGCUGCGAAAGCCUAUCGCGCUUUCGUCGCGCAGUUAAGUUACAUGCGGUUUUUGUGGCGAUCGCGUCGAGUUCCUUGUAAUACAUACAUUGUACUGUG